AAAAAGCGAGUGUUGCGUUCGAGCAACGUCAGCGCAAUAAGACUACGGAUGUUUAUAUUUUGGUUUAAUACACUUAUUUUAUAUUUCAGUCCAUCAGGCAAGAGAUUUCGUAGUAAACCACAGUUGGCUCGGUUUUUGGGAGAUGCUGUUGAUCUUAGUACGUUUGAUUACCGAACAGGAAAAAUUAAUUCCUUGUUACUCAGGAAAAGUAAACGUCAGAGAGGAACUCAGUUUGAUUAUAACCGUGGAAUUCGAAAUGAUGCAUCAUUAGUUCCACCUAUACGCCAGACUGCCUCUAUUUUCAAGCAGCCUGUGACAGUUAUUAGAUCUACUGAUGGCAAAGUUAGGACAGAUUUCAAACAUGGUCCUCAAGAUAAACCUAAACAAUUAUUCUGGGAAAAAAGAUUACAAGGACUUAAGGCAUCAGACAUGGAUGAAGAAGCAUUCAAUAACUUUGAACUUCCUCGAAAUAUGAAAGGUGUUGGACCAGAUCUAACUGAAGAGACAUUACUUAGAAGUAUAGCUACUGCUUUACAUGUCAGUGGACAGCCAAUAGUUGGGCAAACAAAUUCAAGAGUUGUUUUAGAUAAAAAUCCCAGUGUAUAUAUUAAUCCUGAGCAACCCUUAGUUCAGGCCCUUGUAGUUACUGAAGAAGAUAUUAAAAAGCAGGAAGAAAAGGUUCAGCUUGCUAGGAAGAAGCUGCAAGAAUGUCUUAAAGAAUUAUGCAUUUGAUAAAGGAUUUUUGAAAGUGCAGAUAAGGAUUAGAUCAGUUUUUACCAUAUUCUUCCUUUCAUAGAUUAAAAAUCAGGAAUUAUUUUUGUGGUAUUAUAUUAUUAUUUUGUCAUGUACUGCAAAUUUUCAUUUUAUUAAAUUUUGUAUAUCUGCAUUUGUUUAGUAUUUUCUUUGAUUUUUAUUAAUUGCAAAAUUAAAUAGUUAUUGUGCUUCAGUUAAUUAAUGUUCAUAAGCUUAAAAUUGUGCUUAGACUUUGGAAGUCUUGUAUUUACUGAUUUGUGUAAAAUUUAGAAAUUAAAAGUCACAAAGACAUUUUUCAUAGGAGUGGCUUAUUUCUGAAGUAAUGUAAUAGAUUACAUUUUGUGACUAACCCAAAUUUACCAUUGUAUUUAUUUCAUUAAAAAGCAUUUAUAUUUAUUAAUUUGUAAUUAUUAUUUUUGUAAUGUAUAUAAGUUUACAGAAUUUUUUAUGCAGUGAAAAAAGUGUAGUAUAGGAUAUCAGCAUUCUAUAUACAACAGUUUGUAUAAGUGUUGUAGCAGUUUUGAGCAAUUCAUUAAGAUAAUGGUAAAGAUUGAUUGUUAAUCAUAUAUGAAAAUGACAGUUAUGAUUGAUAUCCAAAUGGGAGAAGGGAAAUAUUAUGUGGAAAAGUAUUUUACUGUACUAAAAAAAGGUAUUUUCUGUUUAUGGUUAUGGAUUCAAAAUGUCUUCUGCAUUUUUAUUAUAAUUUAAAAAAGUAUUACAUUUUUAUCUUAUUUUGUGGAUAAAAUAUGUUUUUAUUGUGAUCCUUGGUUCAAAAAUGUAACAUCAAAGUUUAUUAGAGGUAAUAAAAAUUGAAGGAGUUUAUGAA